UUGUAAUAAAAAUCUGACACAGCCACACACAAACACAAACACAAAUACACUCUCUCUUUGCAAAAUGGGGUCUCUGUCUUUCAUAUAAAAAAGAGAGUGGAAAAUAAUGGCGGUUGGGUUUAUUCAUUGAUUGAGCCAUUAAAAAAAAACAGAGAAAAAAGGGUUAAAGCAGCAGUCUGAGCAGCAAGUUUAGCACACAUCAGUUCAACUGUUUCCAUUACUACAAACAACUGCCCAAAACCUUAAUAUAAGAUCUUAAUAAUACUAUUAUUGCAUGUUCAGUUUGGCUUCAACUUAGUUCUGUCUGAUAAAUGCUUGUGCUCUUCAAGUUUUGAACUUUGUUGUAGCUCUACUGUUUUGGGCUUUGUUCUUGUUGCAAAAUAAGAUCUGGGUUUGUUCGAAUAGAUCUAUUGCUGUUCUGUAGUGUUGAAGUUUGUAGAAGAGGAGUUUUUUUUUCGUUAAAUUAGUGAACUUUUGGGGUUUUGUGUAGCUACUUAUGUGGGUGAUUUGGAGCAAUUCUGGAUUUGGUUGAUGAUUUAAGAAGCUGGGUUGUGAAAAAGAAUGGAGUUUAGCAUUGGAGAAGAUUAUUUGAGUUUUGGGUUUGUUUGAUGGUUUGUAUUGAGCAUUAAAGUUUGAAGCUUUGAAUUGGGGGGAGGGGUGAAGAGAAGGGUUGAAGGUAUGGUAUUAUUGGGUGGGGAGAAGGAGGUGGAGAGGGUGAUUGUUGAGGGGUUUGGUGGUUGGUUUAAUCUGGGGUUUCAUUGGUUUGGUUAGUGGUGGUUUUUUGGAUCUUUUGGCUGUGGUUGUGAACUUGAAUUUGAAGGUGGAGGUAAAUUUUUGGUAUAAUGAGGCUAUCUUCUGGUGGUUUUAAUCCUCAAACUCAGGAAGGGGAGAAGAGGGUUUUGAAUUCUGAACUUUGGCAUGCAUGUGCUGGUCCUCUUGUUUCUCUUCCCGCUGUUGGAAGCCGAGUUGUUUAUUUCCCUCAGGGUCACAGCGAGCAAGUUGCUGCAUCAACCAACAAGGAGGUCGAUGCUCAUAUCCCUAAUUAUCCAAGCUUACCUCCUCAACUUAUCUGCCAACUACACAAUGUGACAAUGCAUGCGGAUGUUGAGACGGAUGAAGUGUAUGCCCAGAUGACCUUGCAACCUUUAAGUCCUCAAGAGCAGAAAGAUGCUUACCUUCCUGCCGAAUUGGGUACUCCCAGCAAGCAACCAACAAAUUACUUUUGCAAAACUCUGACAGCCAGUGACACUAGUACUCAUGGAGGCUUUUCAGUCCCUCGACGGGCAGCUGAGAAAGUGUUCCCUCCCUUGGAUUUUUCCCAGCAACCUCCAGCUCAAGAGUUGAUUGCUAGGGAUCUGCAUGAUAAUGAAUGGAAAUUCAGGCAUAUCUUUCGCGGUCAGCCUAAAAGGCAUCUCCUGACAACAGGGUGGAGUGUGUUUGUAAGCUCUAAAAGACUUGUUGCUGGGGAUUCAGUUCUUUUUAUCUGGAAUGAAAAGAAUCAGUUAUUGCUUGGCAUAAGGCGUGCCAAUCGACCUCAAACUGUGAUGCCUUCGUCGGUCUUGUCAAGUGACAGCAUGCACCUAGGACUUCUCGCUGCUGCAGCUCAUGCAGCUGCAACAAAUAGUCGCUUCACCAUAUUUUUUAACCCAAGGGCUAGUCCUUCAGAAUUCGUCAUACCACUGGCAAAGUAUGUUAAAGCUGUGUAUCAUACUAGGGUUUCUGUGGGCAUGCGCUUUAGGAUGCUUUUUGAAACAGAAGAAUCGAGUGUCCGCCGCUACAUGGGUACAAUAACUGGAAUUAGUGACUUAGAUCCUGUUAAAUGGUCAAACUCACAUUGGCGCUCAGUUAAGGUUGGCUGGGAUGAAUCCACAGCUGGAGAGAGGCAACCAAGAGUUUCUCUAUGGGAAAUUGAACCACUGACAACAUUCCCCAUGUAUCCGUCUCCUUUUCCUCUGAGGCUUAAACGACCUUGGCCACCUGGGCUACCUCCAUUCAAUGGAAUCAAGGAGGAUGAUUUGGGAAUGAAUUCUCCCCUUAUGUGGAUGCAAGGAGGUGGAGAUCGUGGAAUUCAAUCUAUGAACUUUCAGGGAUUGGGAAUGACACCAUGGAUGCAGCCAAGGGUUGAUGCUUCUAUGCUUGGUUUGCAAACUGAUAUGUAUCAAGCUAUGGCUGCUGCUGCUCUUCAGGAGAUGAGAGCUAUAGAUCCUUCCAAAUCUCCAACUACAUCUCUUCUGCAAUUCCAGCAACAUGGGAAUCUCCAAAGCAGGAGCGCUGCUUUAAUGCAGCCACAGAUGUUACAGCAUUCCCAGCCCCAGCAAGCUUUUCUUCAGCAAGGUGUUCAGGAGAACCAGCAUCAGGCUCAUGCGCAUGCUCAGGCACAAGCUCAAGCUCAGGCUCACGCUCAGGCUCAAGCUCAGGCUCAGGCUCAGGCUCAGGCUCAGGCUCAAGCGCAUGCUCAGGCUCAGGCUCAGGCUCAAGCGCAUGCUCAGGCUCAAGCUCAGGCUCAAGCUCAAGCUCAAACACAGUCACACCUUAUCCAGCAACAAUUGCAGCGCCAGCACUCACUUAAUAGUCAACAACAACAGCAGCAACAGCAGCAGCAGCAGCAGCAUUCGAUGCCACAACAUCAUCUGGUUGAGCAGCAACAGACUCAAAAUGUUGCCUCGGCCAUAUCUCAAUUUGCUUCAGCCUCUCAGUCCCAGUCACCUCCGCUACAAGCCAUCUCUUCCAUGUGUCAGCAGCAAAGUUUUUCGGACUCAAAUGGGAACCCUGUGACAAGCUCUGUUGUUUCCCCUAUGCAUAGUCUCAUGGGUUCUUUCUCCCAGGAUGAGUCAUCUCACAUGAUCAGUUUGUCUAGAACCAAUCCGUUGAUGACCUCUUCUGGCUGGCCAUCAAAGCGAGCUGCUGUUGAACCUCUUAUGUCUCCACAUUGUGUUUUGUCCCAAAUAGAACAGUUAGGACCCCCUCAGGCAAAUAUAUCUCCAAAUUCUAUGUCAUUGCCACCCUUCCCAGGCAGGGAAUGUUCGAUCGACCAAGAAGGUGUUGCAGAUCCACAAAGCCAUCUUCUGUUUGGUGUCAAUAUAGAUCCGUCGUCUCUGCUACUGCAGAAUGGAAUGUCAAGUCUCAGGGGAGUUGGCAGUGAUAGUGAUUCUACAACUAUACCGUUCUCUUCUUCAAAUUACAUGAGUACUUCAGGCACUGAUUUUUCACUUAAUCCUACAAUGACACCUAGUUGCAUCGAUGAAUCAGGUUUCCUGCAGUCCCCAGAAAAUGUGGGUCAAGUGAACCCACAAAGUAGAACCUUUGUUAAGGUCUACAAGUCAGGGUGUUUUGGUAGGUCGCUAGAUCUUGCCAAAUUCAGCAGCUACAAUGAAUUGCGGAGCGAACUUGCUCGCAUGUUUGGCCUUGAAGGCCAGUUGGAGGACCCUGUGAGAUCAGGCUGGCAGCUUGUAUUUGUUGACCGGGAGAAUGACGUUCUUCUCCUUGGUGAUGACCCUUGGCCGGAAUUUGUAAACAGCGUGUGGUGUAUUAAGAUACUUUCACCACAAGAAGUGCAGCAAAUGGGCAAACGCGGGUUAGAGCUUCUGAACUCAGUUCCUAUUCAGAGGCUGUCCAAUGGUAAUUGCGAUGACUAUGGAAGUCGGCAAGACUCGAGAAAUUUGAGCACCGGUAUUACUUCUGUCGGGUCUUUGGAUUACUGAACAAUUUAACCAGUUAAGAUGCUGUUUCCACUUUUGUAAUGUUAGCUUAUAUCUUUCAGACCCUAGCAAGUACUGCGUAAUCCUAGCUUCUUUAAGUUAUAUAUAAGUUUAUUACUGUAAUUAGAAGGAUGAUGCUCCAUGUUUCUAUGUUAUUGAAUACAUACAGUGCAUAAUCACUAGGACAAGAUGUCUUUCUUUUUCAGGGUUACCUAGUAGUCGAUUUAUCACAACGUGAAGUCCAUUGUAGUAUGAACAUGAUGGCCCUGUGUGUCUUCUUUUGACCUUUUAUAGCAAGUUGUAGAUUUUUGUUGCCA